AUGGCUCUGACCAUGGCCCUGGUGAUGAUGGGCCCUCUAGUGGGAGCCCAAGACAGUAAGGAAGCAUCCAAGGCACAAAUAACCCACCACACCGAAACUAUAGGCGGGCUCCGUGCAAGUGGGCCUGGUCUAGGCGGGCUUGGAGGAACUGGUCCUAGUUUUGGUGGCCUUGGAGGGACUGGGUCUGGUCUAGGUGGGAUUGGUGAACAUGGGCCUGGCCUAGGUGGGAUUGGUGGACAUGGGCUUGGUGGAACUGGUUCUAGUCUAGGUGGGCUUGGUGGAAAUGGCCCUGGUUGGGGAAACGGCUAUGGCGGAGGGAGGUAUGGAAAUGGAAGAGGUUGGCAAGGAGGCAGACGGGACGGUGGAUAUGAUGGGGGAUGGCAUGGGCCUCGUGAUAGCUAUGGGGGUCGUUAUGGUGGUUAUGGACCUGGUAAUGGUGGAGGUGGGCCAGGUUAUGGUCGUGAGCCAGGUUAUGGUGGUUAUGGGGGUGAUAAUGGUGGAAGUGGGCCAGGCUAUGGUGGAGGAGAGCCAGGUUACGGUGGAGAUGGCCGUGGUUAUGGUGGAAGUGGCCCUGACUAUGGUGGGGUUGGACCUGGUAUACCUGGUAAUGGUGUUUCUCCCCCAUGA